AUGCCAACCAUAUCCUCCGUCCCUCUCAACCAAGGCUCCCCUCCUCCAUCCUCACACCUUCAUUACCCUCAACCAUCCCGAUCUUCUGCCGUAACUAUUCCGGUUCCCUCCUCCCCGGAUCACAAUCGCACUUCUUCCUCUGCUUCUACUGCUCUUCAGAAUUCCGCGCCCGCCGCAGUUCCCGCUCACUCCCAUUCCGCCACUACAACCUCCUCCUCCUCUCCUUCUCCAUCUACCACCAUCACCACCUCCGCUACCGCUACUUCUUCUUCAUCAGCCACCACUCCUAUCUCAACAGGUUUCACAGGUUCGGUAAUCGGAUCAACCUCUCGUCGUAAUCGCCGGUCAUUUGCUGCCUUGGCCCGCGAGAAGACUUCUAGCGCUCUCGCCAAUCUAUCCGCCAUCGGUAGCCCCAAUUACCCGCUGCGGCCUUCUGCAUCCUCCGGAAGCCUUACCAAACACUCGCGCAAGGCUUCGCAAGUCAGCGUCAGUGACUUACCUGGUGGUACACCUUUGACUCCACCAUUGUCGGAUAGCAGCGCCAGCAGCGAACAGUCCAGCCCUGCGCCAGUUGAUUCCGCUGCCGCCCACCGCGUUUUCCCUGCUGUGACUGACCAGUCGACAAACUCGGUCGAUAGACGUCGUCACACCAUCCAGCGAAUUUCUUCUCCUCUCGAACAAUUACCGGAGAUCGAUUCUGGUGCUCCCGCCAACAUGCAUCAGACUUCCUCCAGACUGUUGCGGAUGACGGAAGAUGACCGCCCGUUCACCAAGGAUUUCAUGGAUUUGUUCUCAACCUUGAUGGUCAGUCUGAAACUGGAUUCGCAUCGUGUACGAUUCACCAAAUAUGACCACUCCUUCACCUCGGAAGAGGCCAUCAACAACCUGGGCUCUCUCAAAUUUUCACAAUCCAACCGCAUGCCAGACCCCAAGGACCCUUCCCGUAUCGUCACUACUACCACAACCACCACAUUUUCCAUGGCGAAGGAAAUGGCUCGCUCAGUAUGCCAACGUUUUGUGGACGCUCGUUUCGUCGAGUCUGUGGAUGGAAAAGCAUCGCAAUUGUUCCCUCUCAAAGGCGCAUUGUAUCAGCUUACCCCCAAGGGCAUCAACAUUCUCCAGAGAUUCUGCCAGCGCAACGGUAUCACUGCGCGUCAUGUGAUCGAUGUUUUGGAGUCGCCGCGCAACACAAUGCAGCUUGUUAACCUGGAACGCGAUUCUGAGACUGACAAGCUAUCACACGAUCGAGCGACCAUUGAAGUGAUUUUCCGCCGGUUCGCUGGACAAGAUGGCCCCAACGUCAAGAGCAGCAUUUCUACCUCUGAUUCCGAUUCAUUGAGCGACUACUCCAACGGAUUGGUGGGUGUGAAAAUGGCCAAGGAGCGCAAGAUCAAGGACAAGACUGUUUCCAAUACUUUUACGGGCAAGGCUGCGGUCGAUUGGUUGAUGGAUUGUUCGACAACGAUCGAGCGUCGAGAAACUGUUCUCAUUGCCGAGCUUUUCGUCAAAUAUGGGUUGAUCAUGAUGUUGCAAGAAGACCAGUUCAUCAACUUGCCCGACGACUCGAUAGCCACCUUCCAGCCUUCCAAGAAUGCGAUCUAUGGAAUUACUGAACGGGGACAGAGAGUCUGCGGAUGGAUUGCACGGGACAAAGCUCGUGACACUUCGAUGUACGACAGUAGGGGUAUCCCACGGGACUCGAACAACGCCCGCUUGAACCACAUCCUUCACGAUCCCGCUCUUCGACUCCUAUUCCGCGAAUUUUUGCGCUUCUCGCUCUGCGAAGAGAACCUCUCUUUCUACCUAGAUGUGUCCGAGUUUACGUCGGCUUACCACAAGGCGGAGAAGGUGGGCACAUUUAGGAAGCCGGAUUCGGUACGGGAGACACUGGCUGCAGCAUAUGGUUUGUACAACGCAUUUUUGGCCCCUGGCUCGCCUUGUGAGUUGAACAUCGAUCAUGCUCUGCGUAACAGCCUUGCCAGUCGCAUGACCAAGGCCGUUGGAGAUGAUGAAUCCAUGCUCAAGAGUCUCCAAGAGGUGGUGCAUCUAUUUGAAAUGGCCCAGACGUCGGUCUUCAAGUUGAUGUCAAGUGACUCGGUUCCCAAGUUCCUUCGCGAUCCCAAGUGCGCUAGUAUCCUUCAGGAGCACGAUGUGGACUUAAUCGGUGCCCCGCGGUCUUACUCCCCAACUCCGACUCCGGUACCGGAGCGUUCGGCGAGCCGCUCGGCGCGUCCUUGA